AUGGCAACUUCCGCAGAGGCAGCGGCAGUGAAGUCGAACGUGCCGUCUCUGGCUGAGCAGGCUGAACAAAAAAUCUUCAAAGAGCUGGCCGAGUACCUCGAGAAGGAAUGCAAGCAAUCCGUCUUCGCGGUUGGCGGUUCGAUCCCAAUUACCUCCCUCUCUGAUCACUUAAUCUGCGAAUCUGACGAUGCCGACUCGGAGAGUGGCAGCAAUAACACAAAGAGCGGCCCAAAGGAAUCCGACGUCGACAAAGACAGCAUUGUGGUCGGCUCCGAUGUGGAUGAGGCGGAUCAAGCAGAAGCACCAUUGCGAGCAAGUGAGUCUGGUGCCGCAGCCCACAAGAUGCGUUGCGACCCGGUUACGAUCAGAUGGGACUCAACUUCGGCCAUCGGAUCCUCUUAUAAAGUCACCUUACCAUGUCCGGCCAGCCAGAGACCCUCCUUCGAGCAACUACUCAAGGACUGCCAGCCAGCGACCUUCGGACUCGGCGGCAAGGACGUCUUGGACGAGACAUAUCGCAAGGCUGGGAAGUUGGACGAGACAGACUUUUGCACAAACUUCAGUCCCUAUGCCUUGGGGAUCAUCGACACGGCCGCACAAGCUCUUGCUCCAAACAACUGCACACAGACAAACGAGACCCACGGUGUUCGGGCAGAGUUGUACAAGCUGAAUGUGUAUGCAGCGCCCUCGGGCAAGUUCAAAGCGCACGUCGACACUCCGCGCUCGAAACACCAGAUCGGAUCUCUGGUCGUCUGUCUCCCGUGCGUCCACGAAGGCGGCCAGCUGGUGCUCCGCCACCAAGGCCAGGAGAAAGUCUUCGACUGGUCUGGCGAAAAGAGCAGCACUGCUAUUCAAUGGGCAGCCUUCUACAGCGAUUGUGAACAUGAGGUGCUUGAAGUCACUUCCGGCGAACGCGUGACGCUGACGUACAAUCUGUACGCCACUUGUUCGGCAAACACGGCAUUGAUAGAUCCGGAACGGGUAGACCUGUACCACACGUUGAAGAGGCUGCUUGAGAACCCGGGCUUCUGCAAGAACGGUGUCACACUCGGUUACCACUGUGUGCACGCCUACGCACAUACGUCUAGAGAUACGACCGCCGCCCUUCCUGCCACUCUGAAGGGAGUUGACAAGGUGAUCUACGCAUGCUUCCGCGCAACCAAACUCCCCGUCCGUCUCCGUCACGUAAUUGCGAUGCGCAAGUCAAGCCGUAACCAGUGCUAUGAAGAUCUCUUGGAAAGAUACUGGACCGAGGACCCGGCCAGAGUCGAGGACUUGAAGCCGCUGUACCAGCGCAAGGAGCAGAACGGGUGGGGCAUCUGGAAGUUGCAGGACAAGCACGCAAAGCCCGACUUCGAAUUGCUGGCGGAUGGCCUUGUUCUAUCGACUUACACACGCGCAGGCCUGUUUGAGGACCACCAGUGGAUAGAUAUCCUGGACGGUUGGACCCGCGACAUCAGUGUCAAACAGGUCAGGUGGCUGAACACGGCGAGUCAUAAGGAGUUGGCGUUGGUACAUGGUGCAUACGGCAACGAGGCCAGUCUCGGAACUUUGUACUCCAGGUUGGUCAUCACCCUGGAUAUUCCCCCAUUUCAAGAUCGGUGA